AUGAGGCUACAACGACCGUCACUGCCAAGCCAUCGGACGGAGAUCGCCUUGCUGGUGGAGAAGGCAAUCUCUGUACUACAAAUGACUAUAUCAGCCCUGGCCCGUGAGAGGGAUAUGUUGGAUGAGGAGUGGCGGCGACUGGAGGAGGCUCAAGACCAAAGCGAUCAUCUCGCUGCAGUUCAGGCUCAUACCAUCCCAACAGAACUCUCUUCUGAGACUGGCAACGUACCUCCUAUAGAGGAAGGAGCUGUUAGUGUAGCUGAGCUUCUCCCGCCGGCACCGCAGGCCGACGAUCCCGUCUCUGCAGCAGCUGCCGUUGCCGCCAUGGAGUUCGAUACGCACGCUGCUAUCUCUCCCAUGAAGGCAGUGGCGGCAGCCGCUCAGCAGCUGUCUUCUCGUGGACGUGGAGGCCGAAGAUCAAGUGGGAUUCCUGGUGUUAGCUGGCAUCCUCGGACAGGUCGGUGGGUAGCACGAUGGACUGGCGAGGAUAAGAAGGAGCAUUCUAAGGGGUUCUCUUCGAAGCGACAUGGUGACGCUAAAGCGCUUCAGAUGGCCGUUGCUACUAGAAGAGCAAUGCAUGUUCGAGCGACGGAUCACCCAUCACCAAUCGUUGAGGAGGCAUCGAUGUCGCCCCCCUCUGAAGCCUCCGAAGAGAACGAGGAACCAGCCGCUAAGAGGAGUCGUGACGAAGGACAGCUCUAUGAGACGAUAUCAGCGCUGGCUCAGCUAGCGAGUGAUCCCGUGCUUGGUCAUCCUGGCCCGCCUGAUCAUCUAGCAACUGUAGAGGACUGUCUAGCCUUGUGUGAUCUCGGCACCCUGGGAUCGCAUCCUCUGACGCCCGAUGCGGAACGAGAGGUUGCCGAGGCUGUACUGCCUCCACUACCUUCAGGAGCCCAUGCUAGCUCGGAUCGACCCAGUGGCGUGAGACUACAGCCCACGAUGGGGGACUUUAUCUAG